AUGUUCCAGUCAUUUACUGGAAAGGCUCGCAGACCGCGACAAGUCAACCUCUCAAACCGACCAACGAACCCUGUGUCCGCAUACUCUUCGGGACGUCAUGGUCAAGCCGGUCAGGGCACACAAGCAACCAUUGCCCUCGCUCAGCAGGAACGCCGCCAACGACAACUAGACCGGGAGCGCUUGCAGGCAACCUACAUUCUACAACGCACAUGGAGGGGAUACAAGGCCCGGAAAGCCGCAAAGGACUCUUGGAGAACAGAGUGGGAUAAUGUGGAACGCAAUAGAGGGCCAGAUGCGAGACCAGGUUCCGAUGGAGACGCGCUGGUGUGGAUGGGUUUGCCGAAGCCCUAUACGGACCCUACGGAUUGUUUAUCUCAGCUGAGGAAGCUGUUGUGUUUCAUUUGGAUUAAGGACCGGGAUGACUGGGCACGGCUAUCAUAUUUUGCAAAGUCUUUCCAAAUGACUUUGGAAGAGGCUCCUGUCCUGCAACCUGAUGGAGAAUGGCCGCCCACCCUUCGCCGCCUUGGAGUGGUUACUCUCCAGUUCCUUGCGACAACUCCCUCGUCGGUGCCGUCUGUGUCGUUGGUUAAUGAUUUCCUCCAGCUUAUAACGUUUCUUUCUACUUUGUUACCAACACAGAUGACUCGAUUAGCUGAACGGUACUAUUCUGCUUUAGCGGCCAUAACUUUAAACCUCCAGACGUCGCUGAAUACUAGUCAAACCAGAGGCAUGGUCGUUAGAACUGUGCUCGCCCUUCUUCAGCCUAUCACAUCGGAAACUCUCGAUGCCUACGGGUGGUUCGGACGAGUCUUUUUAGCCAUCCCGUCUCUUGACAGCCACCUUGGAUGGCUAGAUGACCUAGCCGCGGGAGUAAACUAUAAACUUCUGGCCUCCGCGAUAGAUUCACAUAUCCUGCCACAUGCAAAUUCUUUUUCCGAGCCAAUAGACGUCGACAGACGAUUGUGGCUGCUCUCCUAUUUUAUCUACUUCCAUCGACACGCACAAGGUGAUGGUGUAGUCAAGCAAGCCCCUGAGACUUUGUUUGUCAAGGCCGUUUCGGGACUGCUAAGCCCUAUAGCUGGUGAAGUAUCUCGUCGUCUUGGUGGCGAGGAAAAGACCCAGACUGAGCUAUUUCCCCCCUUUGUUCGAAGUCAACUCUACACACUACUCGACCAGCACAGCAUUACACACCUUCUGAGCCACGCAGCACCAAAUCGACUUCCGAUUGUCAAUAGUAACAGUUCUCAGUUACACCUACAAGCAUCAAAAGAUGUAAAGGCCCUAGCGGCCUAUGCACUGACACUCUUAAGGGUUUUCCCGAAGCGAGGUGAUGAAAUACGCAUGUGGCUUUACUUGGGUUCUGCUAUGGAAACAGGAACAGGUGGAGAUUCCACUUCUGGUCGGCUACCUGCCAUCAAGUACUUUUGGAACGCAUCUAAAUCAACAAGGGUAUUUCUAAAUAUAGCACAAAACUCGCUCGAUGUCCUUGCAAUGCUUCAGACAGGUUCUGCACUUAGCUCCCAGGGCGGUUCAAUCGCCGAACAGAGUAGCGACCGAGAACAAGAAUGGACAGUUAUUCUGCUGUUUCUUGAGCUUUAUACCUUUCUCCUGAAAGUUUUGGACGACGAGGAAUUCUUUUCUGCCACUCCUUCGCUAGGCAAACCUUCAAAAUCCAAUGCUUCCUGGACACAAGAGAGCGCACUACCGCUAGACGAUGUUAGGAAUCUAACCCUUUUCUUGAAGAACUUGGCGUUCACACUAUAUUGGAACUCAGCGGAUUUGACCUCUACAAAUAUAGAUCCUUCAGACACCGACGGCAUUCGAAAUUACUUUAGCAUCCGUUCUCCGCCGCUGGAGCCGGUUCACUCAAACCUGAAAUCUAAGAGGAGUACUUUAGUAAGCGUUACCGGGAUACCUCUAGAUUAUUUUAAAGGGCUGGUUACAGGUUUGUUACGCAUGGUGCACGAGAGAGAUUCAAGACGGAAAUUUUUGCCUGAUGGCCAUUGGCUUAUGGUUGACCGUUUUGACAUGGAAGGGUUCAUUCCCGCGGUCGUCGCUGAGGAAGAAAAUAGACAUCAGCUCCAAGAUUACGACGAGGACGAUGAUGACAACGAUGAUGAGACACUCAAUGAAACAAUGGAAGAUGAUUAUGAUCAUUUCCCGGUGUUAAUAUUCCGGGAGUUCAUCUUCAGAGAUCAAGUUCAAAGGAGACGGGGCUUUAUUGACCCUGACUCCUGGCGCUUGUCCAUUGCUCAUAGCUUGAUGGGAUUGAGCAAUGAUGAAUCCUUGUUCCAGGACGCGUUCGAUAAGUUCUAUGAGCUAGGUGAUGGCUUGAAGGAACCGAUACAAAUUUCGUUUAUCGACAAAUUCGGCACUCCCGAAGCAGGAAUCGAUGGUGGCGGGGUCACAAAGGAAUUUCUGACGAGCGUUAUUAGUGACGCUUUCAACCCUUCGGGGCCCUCCAGCCUUUUUAUCGAAAACGAUCAGCACCUGCUGUACCCGAACCCUACACUCAUAGAGCAGCGAAAGGCUCAGCUCCGACGGCAAGGAGUCCCCGAAAGAAGCCCCACCAUGAACGCAGAGGUUAAGGAAAUAUUGAAACGGUAUGAGUUUCUAGGCCGUAUCAUCGGAAAAUGUCUAUACGAGGGAAUUUUAGUGGAUGUCAGCUUCGCGGGGUUCUUUCUUUUAAAAUGGGCCUUGACUGGGGGGACGAGUUCGGCGCGGAAAGAGUCUUCUUAUCGUGCCAAUCUCAAUGAAGUACGGGAUCUCGACGAGGGCCUGUAUCAAGGCCUGCUCCAACUGAAAAACUACCCAGGAGAUGUCGAAGACUUCGCUCUAAAUUUCACCGUAACAGAUACCAUAGCCGUCCCCAUCGAAAAACCAGACGGCACGCUUGAGACAAUCACAGAAAACAUAACCAAAGAUCUCAAACCGCACGGCUCCGAGAUCCCUGUGACGAACCAAAACCGACUCGUCUAUAUCUCCUACAUCGCUCGCCACCGCCUCCAAGCACAGCCCUAUCUACAAACCAACGCCUUCCUCCAGGGCCUCGGCACCAUCAUCCAACCCUCCUGGCUAUCUAUGUUCAACCAGUCCGAGCUCCAAACCCUCGUCGGCGGAGACACGGGUGAGAUUGACGUAGCCGACCUACGGCGGAACACCGUCUACAGCGGCAGCUACGUGAUUGGCGACGAUAACCAGGAACAUCCCACGAUCAAGCUAUUCUGGGAGGUGCUGCAGACGAUGACGAAUGCGGACCGGCAGAAGUUAUUGAAAUUCGUGACGUCGACGCCUCGAGCGCCGCUGCUGGGUUUCAGCCAUUUGAAUCCGCGGUUUAGCAUACGCGAUUCGAGUGCAGAUGAGGAGCGGUUGCCUAGCACAAGCACGUGUGCGAAUUUACUGAAACUACCCCGGUAUACACGCCUCGACACGUUGAGGGAGAAACUGAUGUAUGCGAUUAAUGCAGGGGCAGGGUUUGAUUUGAGUUGA